AGCCCGGUCGAUGAGGUGCCUAAAAACAUAACAUUGAGGCUGCCACGGAAAGAGCCAGGUCCAUUUCCCAAGCCGCAAAGACUGGAGAGGGGCGCUGUGUGCGCGCAGCUGCCAUCAACGGCUGAAGCCACCAGGAGCCCUCACGGUCUGUGUGAAAUCAUCGCCCGCCUCCAUUGUCGUGGCGCCACCUCACAGCCCCGGGCGAGACCGGCGCCUGCCCCCGGGGCUCCCCUCGCCGCUCGGGCUGAGGAGAAGCUCCCCACUCAUCUAGGGAAGGACGAGAGAAGCCGGGAAGGAGCGGACAUGGCGGCCCCCGCCGCCGCCGCCGCCGCCGCGCUGGAGCAGGCCGCGACCGGGCGGCGCGGCUGACUCGCCCGGGUCCAGCCCCUGAACGGGCGUCGUGGGAGCGGUGACAGAGAGCCGGAGCUGCGCUUCCCCGCCCGGCCAUGUAGAGGGGGCCCGCCCGCUCCGGAGAGGCCCGCCCGCCCGCCCGCCUCAGCCGAAGGGGCGGGAAGGGAAGCGAGCGAAGGAGCGAGGAAGCGCCGCCCGAUCGAGAGGGCCGCCGUGGGCUGAGAGCGGCGGCGGCGGCGGCGGCGGGUCCGGCCAUGGAGGACAUCAACUCCAACGUGAACGCCGACGCCGAAGUGCGGAAGCUGCAGGAGCUGGUGAAGAAGCUGGAGAAGCAGAACGAGCAGCUCCGCAUCCGCAGCGCCGCCGGGGCGCCCGGCGGCAGCCCCAAGCGGCUCCUGGGCGGCGGCGGCGGCGGCGGAGGGUCCGGGGCUUGCACGCCGCCCCUGCCGCUCACGCCGGGAACCGCCGCCGCCGCCCCGCCGCUGUCAUCGCCGCCGCCCUCGUCGUCCCCCGCCAGGAGCAGCCCGCUGCUUUUGGGGCUCGACCACGGCUGCCUCAGCCCCAGGGCCGGGCCCAGGCGGCCUCCGGCGAGCGAGGAGGACGGAGGCGAAGGGAGGUGGGGGGAAAACGCCGGCGGCCUCCUGGACGAAGUGGAGCCGCUGAGGCCCGACGAGCUGGAGCGGCUGGCCGGCUGCGAGGAGGACGAGACCGGCUGGUUAUAUACCUCACCAAAGAAAAAAGUGACCCCAGUUCAGAAAUCAGUUAGUCCACUUGUUUGGUGUAGGCAGAUACUGGAUUACCCAACUCCAGAUAUCGAAAGUGCUAAAAAGUCAUUGAUCCAUAGACUUGAACAAACAAUGUCUGCCCUCAAGAGACACAGUCUGUAUAGUAAUCCGUUCAGUGCUGUCAAUUACGCAAACUCUUAUAGUCCAAACACUGGCAGUCCUUACAACAGUAGCUACAACUCCCCUUCAUCCACACCAGUGAAACCUCCUUUGAUAAAACAGCUCAUUCUUCCUGGAAACUCAGGUCAUUUCAAAAGUUCAUCAGAUAGAAAUCCUCCACUGAGCCCACAAUCCUCUAUAGACAGUGAAUUAAGUGCUUCAGAAAUGGAUGAAGACUCUGUUGGCUCAAAUUACAAACUAAAUGACUUAACAGAUGUGCAGAUAUUAGCACGGAUGCAAGAGGAAAGUCUCCGGCAAGAAUAUGCAGCUACUGCUUCUCGACGUAGUUCUGGUUCUUCGUGCAGUUCUAUCAGGAGAGGCACAUUUAGCGAUCAAGAACUCGAUGCCCAGAGCUUAGGAAUGGCAGAGGCGGGCUGCCAUCACGCAGUGCUGACUGUCAAUCGAUUCUCUCCAUCACCACGCAACUCACCACGGCCUUCCCCAAAGCAGUCUCCGAGGAAUUCUCCCAGGUCUCGUUCACCCGCUAGAGGAAUCGAGUAUAAUCGGGUGUCUCCCCAGCCAAUGAUUAGCCGCUUGCAACAGCCUCGCCUUUCUCUUCAAGGUCAUCCUGCUGAUAUACAGACUAGUAAUGUCAAAAAUGAAGAAAAACUAAGGCGUAGUCUUCCAAACCUGUCCAGGACAUCUAACAACCACGUUGAGUCAGUGAAAAACAGUAGAAGUGACUCAAACUUUCAAGUGCCAAAUGGAGGAAUACCUCGGGUCCAAACUCAACCCUCAGCCAUUCCUUCUCCCAGCAAGUUUCGGUCUCCAGCAGCACCAUCUCCUCUGGCGCUGAGACAGCCGGUGAAAGCAUUUAGCAACCAUGGACCUAGUUCUGCUGCUCCAGAAGCCACCCAGCUAACACACAGCAGCUCUUCACCAGGGCCUUUAGCAGUUCCAAGUACAGCCUCUCCAAGCACAGGCAACAACAUCAAUAGUGCUACGCUUACAAGACCUGCAGGGACAACAGGGAUGAGGAGUGGUUUGCCAAGACCUAGUGCCCCCUCCACUGGGAGCAUACCAGUGCCUCGCAGCAAACUCGCACAGCCUGUUCGCAGAACAUUACCAGCACCCAAAACCUAUAGCAACAUGAAAGACGAGAGCUGGAAGGACGGCUGCUACUGAACUGCAAAUAGCUCAGCGGGUGCUCCCUCCUUCACCUGGCUAAAUGACAGAUCGAUAUGCAGACCGAUCAGAUAAGACUUUGCGGGGUUUGUAAAUCCCUAGACCUCUCUGUCCUUAAUUAGCACAAACUGGCAGAGAUUAUAAAACAGCACUUUAAUGACAUUAACAACAUCAGAUACUUUGUGAUCACUCAAAUCACGUAUUUUUUUUCACCUCUGGAGAGCCCUCACCCCUUCUUGCUUCUUAAAAAUUAUUAUAAAUGCUCACAUGGGUAGAAUGGCCAACAUCUGGGUGUAUAUAUAACCUAACCAAAUGCCAAAGAAAUGUCCAUCCAGAGAAAAAGCAGCAUGUAAAACAGUAAACUAAAAUGUUCUAAACAAAACAUGUGAUUUGGUUUGGCUUAAUUGCAGCAAAGUGCAUUGUGUGAAGAAAUAAUAUGUACAUGUUAACAUAUUAAUCAAUGCACAAAAAUUGGAUUGUUACAUGUUACUAUGAUAACGAGGUGGUUUAAAACAAUUGUGGACAGUUUGGAUGGAGAAAAUGUAGCCACAAUAAAGCAGUUGCUUCUGAAGUCCCAAUAUAAGAAUGGCAGGGACAUCAUGCUGUUGUUUUACCUUUUCCAAAACAAUUUUGACGCAUUCAGUCUCUCCCUAUCCUGAGUGGGAUAUAUUGCAUCCUUUUACAUUGAUGUAUCUGGAUCUGUGCUAUGUAUUUGGAUUGCCAAAAGGGCUUCGUAUCAGUUGUAAAAUCUUUCUAAACCUUACAGUUUCUGGCUCAGGAAAGAUGGCCUUUGUUAUCACAGCCACGUUUUUUUAAAAAAAUACAUGGCUCAUGUUGUUUCGAGUAGUCCUUGUUUUAACAGGAAGUUUCCUUGCAAAAGAAAAAGUAUCCAUUCAGAAAUCACACCACAGUGCUUGUUGCCUGAAACUCAGCUGGACUUGCCUAUAGAUUAACAUGAAGCAAAACCAACUAUGCACCUGUAAGCUAGAAGCUCUAAGGAAAUAAGUUGUACUGUUGAUAUCAAAUGACAUAUUCAUGUAGGUAUUGUUUCACGGUAUAAGGGAGUUUUCUGUACCCUUCUAAAAUUUUGAUUUCCUAAAUUUAUUUUUUAAUUGUAAAUACUUUUACAAAGUUAUUGCCUAUGUUAGUAUUUUUAACUAUGUACUUUGCCUUACACACCUGUAUUUUUCAUUGCUGGUAAACCUGCCACAUGUUUACAAGGUAUUCAGUUCUUCUAGUGGCUUUUCAGACUUACCAACACUUACCACUGUUUUUGCAUAUCCUUGUUGGAAGGAUACCUAUGCAGCAGAAAUACUGCUAUUAAUACCCAAAGUGCCCCCACCCCCAUUUGGGGUCCCCGGGCCAUAUGUGGUGGGAUGACAGCUGGUUGGGUGCUAGUCACUUUCAAAGAGGAAAUGCCUCUGAUUUAGGGGCUCUCACUCUGUACAAUGGGAAGUAUGCAGAAGUCACAAAGUACAUAAUGAAACAAGUAGUUCGUCAGCUAAACUUGUAUGUAUUAACUGAAGAAUCCCAUUGGUAUAUUAGGUAGGUCACACUUAAAUUUCAUAAAUGCUUGCCUCUUAAAACAGACUUUAAAAUCUCUUUAUGAAGAGGGUACUUGAUAUUGGAAUUUCACAGCACUCGGAUUUUUAUCUAGUCUGUAUAUAUUAGUGGAUUAAAAGCCAUGCAAUUUUACUUGAAUUGGAAAAGUGAGCAAGAUCUCUUAAUAAUGGAUUGCAACUCCAGCAGUCUGAUCCCUUUAUUGAUCAAAGAGAGGCCUCUUCCCAUGUUUUCGUUCUGAAAAAAUUCUAGGAUUCCUGCCACUUUCUAAAGGCACUAUCUAAGAACAGUUUGAGCGCAUGUCACCUGCCAAGAACAACUCAGCUGGGGCUGCUAUACAGCCUUCUGGUUUUCUGCAUAAACCAGACUUGAAGGUAGACGGAAAUCUCUACCCCACAUUUUUAUACAAGGUGAUUCACAGAAGCAUUUGCGUGGAUCACAAGCAGGAAGUUAAUGAUAAUAGUUUCUUUUCAUCUCCACACCCGGUUAAACAAACAUCUAGUGUUAAGGGGUGUCUUCCAAAAUUUACGUAUCCAGUAACUUAUAAGAGAACUGAAAGGGAUGACACUGGAGACAUGUGCUAUAUUAGUCCAAUCAUAUUUAAAGUGCUGAGCAGAAAACAAUAUGUGGUACCCAGCUAUUUUAGACAACUCUAUCUAGCCUCGUUAACAACUGCUCUAAUCCGAUAUCGCAUUCUUCAGAAAUGAAGAAAUGCUAAUUGGUUCUUUUAUUAGGAAAUUAUUUAACUGAUUUGUUUUAUUCAGAAAACUCAGAUGUUGCCUUCUUAACCAAUCCACACGACCAUAUUUUAUACACUUUUUAUAAAGCUCAGCCAUUGUGAUCAUUUCAAAGGCAUAUUACACUCUGCUACUGCAUCGUAACAGACAUUCAACAAAUACAAAUUCCUGAAAGAAGAAAACUGCCAGUUUACUAGGGGAGACUUUUUGUUACCAGUUGAUUACUGGGACAUCCUAGGGCUUUCUGUGUUUAGAGGUUUGGGUAUAUUGAAGAAGCGUGGAAACAUGAAUUUGAUAAACUAGUGCCUAUGAUUUACUUAAUUUAUGUUUGAUAAUAGUAGUAAGGGUUUUAUGAAUGUGGAUUAUUAUUAUUUUUGUGCCAACAGCUGAGAAUUGUUGUAUGUAUGUAGGCAGAAAAGAAAGAGUUCUGCUUCCAAAGUUAUUUAAUUUUUUUUCCUCAGUGUUUGAAUGUUUUUCUAAGUGUUAAUAAAAGUUAAAAAGGAAAAAUAUAAAUAUUA